AUGGUUCGAACUCCUCGUCGACCUGGUCGCCAGAAUUUGCUGUUUCGUAAGUGAAUGGGUUAUUCAGUUGGAAAAUAUCACUGUCGCAAAAUGUGUACAUGCAGAAACGAAACUCAGUUCACACAUUUCGCAGUGUAAAAAGCCGAGACACCCAGUUUUGUUGAAUUUUUCUACAUUUCUCAUCAUUGGAUGUUCGUUAUGAUUUUAUGCUUUCAGACAUGGGUUUUUCGAAGUUAAUAAGUGUUCAUUUUAACAAAUCCAAAUAAAUUUCAGAUCCUUACGACGAUCAACACUUCUUGCCAAAUUACGGGUCACGAAAACGGGCGACUUUGAUGAAUGGUGAUGAGAACUGCGAAAGUCAAGUUUCUACUGGUUGCAAGGAUUUAUAUGAUGUCGGACGACAACAAGAUGAAAAUAUUGGCGCAAAUUCUUCCGGUGUUGAUGAUAUGAAAGAGAAUCAAGACGAAGAAGAAGAACCAUGUAAUUUUCGUAUAAUUCUUGCCGAUGAUGGAUCGGCUGAUGAUACUGACUCCGAGGAUGAAACCAAUACGCCAGAUGUCUCAACAGACACUUGUGAUAACAAUCAAGAGAACAUCCAAUGUGAAGAUUUCACUGAUUCCACAUCAUAUGAAACAGUUGGUAAUUACAAGCACAAUAAUCAUAUUUUUAUGACACUUUGAAUUUUUCAGAUGAUUAUGAAAGUCUUCGGAAUGUGGCUCGAAGAUCCACAGAAGUUGCUUUGCUCACUGUGAUGGCGUCUCUUGUUUCUCGAGAAACAUAUAGCGGUGAUUUGUGUAAAUCAUAACGAUUAAAUAUAUUUAUAUUUAGAUUUCGUUUUGCGGAUAGAUUGUUUGGACGAAAAUCACAAACAACAAGCAAAAAUGUUGUAUCAGCACGUGAGGAGAAAGUUUUCAAAAAUGUAUUUAUGUAACGAUUGUGGUGCAAGAAAAUUGAAACAUCAAAGCUGGUAAGCGAUUUUUUAAUGGUCUGAUUCAAAUUGAAAUAUUUAUGGUUUUGACAUGAAAAUGGAUUCUCAAUUAAUGACAUAUUUUCAUUUCUAGUAGAUUCAAUCCAUUUGACAACUAUGAGGGGUUUGCAAAAAACAUAAUUUUACAGCUGUAAUGGAGUUAUCGCCGAAGUUUUACGUGUGCCGAUUAUUGAUCAAUUGGACGAUAUUAUAACUGCUCAUUACACCGAUAUUUUGAAGGUUAGAGAAUCGGUCAAAAAUGGAUCGGAUGUUCAUCAUAAUCUCAACGGCGCUCGAUUCAAAUCAGAUAUCGAAAAAGAAGAUAUUGACAAAAUAAAGUUGUCUUUGUUGAUGUCAAUUGAUGGUGUGCAGGUUGUUGGAAAAACAAAGUAAGUUUUGAACUUUAAAUUACCUAUAAAAUAAGAACAUUUUUUAGAAAGAAAAUAUGGCCUGUAUCAUGCGCGAUUGUUGAUCUGCCGACUCAUGAGAUGUUGAAAAGCAAGAAUAUUGUACUAUGCGGUAUUAUUCUCUGUUCGAAAGACCCAUCAACUAAAGUGUGGAAUUCGGUCUGGUCAUGUGUCAAUUCUUCUAUUGAACGAAUGCAGUUCAACCACCAAAAUCAUACAAUAGUAUUUGAAGUUGCAACUAUUGUUGGAGAUCAACCAGUCAGUUCUUAAAGUCACAUUCGCCACUGUUAAUUUAUGAAACGAUUUUAGGCAAAAAGGUCUUUCUUUGGAAUGGGCCACUACAACAGUAGAGAAACCUGUUUUUAUUGCACUUCCAAAAAUGCCCGAUAUAAAUUUGAUUUGGGAGAAGGUAUAUAGUUUGUUUUCCCCGAAAUCCAUUCAUGUAAUUCAUUUUCAGAACGAGAAAAACAUGGGGACGAUGCAACGAUCAAUGCAAGCGAAAAUUGUAAACUUGGAUUCUGUUGCUAUGCAGAAGUGAUAAAGAAGAUAUUAACUUUCAACACAAUUGUCGAUAUAUUUCACAACCUUUGUGAAGGUGUUCUUGUCACCAUAAUGACCGGUAAGUUGUAAUCUAAAGAAAUUUGAAAAUGUUAUAUUCCAUUUUCAGAAUCGACAGAUUGCGAAGACCGAAAGUCAGAUCUCUUUAUACGCGACAAUUCAGUUUUCGAUGCUGUAAUAAUUGGUCUAAAAAUUCCAUCAAAGUAUGCAAAGUCACACGAGCAUAGAAAUGGUAACGCUAAAUUCGAUGUGAGUUCUUUGUUUGAUAACUCACUUAUCUACGACGCUUUACUUUACAGGAUUUCAGAAUCAGGUAUUUCAUCACUGCCUUGAUUUCUCCGGCAUUUUGUUCCGAAGCUCGGUUCAUAAUUAUUGGUCUCGGAACGCUGUGUAAUAUACUAGCAACGAAUCAAAAUUUUUGUCAAGAAUCGUUGAAUAUUGUUUGUGAAAGCGUUCACGAAUUCAUGAAAUACGAUUAUAAAUCGUAUUAUGUUGUUAAACUUCACGUAUGUUGAAAUUGGGCCAACGAAUAGGGUGUGAAAGAGAAUAAAUGUGGUUUAAAAUUAGAAAUAGACACGAUUUAAAUUUCCGAAAUAAUUUAAAUAAUUUAGUAAAAUUUAGAAAUAACAAUAAUUUAACGUGAUCUAGUCCAUUCAACAUAAAAGCUGGUCUAAAAAAUUUUACUUCAGGAAACACUUCUACAUCUUGCCGAAUGCUGCCGAAAAUUCGGUAAUGUGGCUUCGUUGUCGACCAGCAUGUUCGAGACGUAUUAUCGAGUAUUAUUGUCGGAUGUUAAAGCUGCAAUGGUUGUGAAUUUUGUUGACUACGCUGCCCAAAGGUAACAUUUUCUGGUUCUUUUUGGGAAAAAAUGAGAAAUGUAUAUUCCAGAUAUAUAACUGAAGUCAUUGUCCAUCGAGAAAUCGAAGAAAGACUGAGAACGCGAGUCUGCACAGAAAAAACUGAAAACUUCGUGAAGGAUAGUCGCAAAUUCGAAAAAACGUCAAAAAAUGUGUUUGGCCAACCUCUUGAUUGUUCAACGGAUCGUGAAGUUUCAUAUUUUGGACUACUUCGCACGAAGUUUGGACAUUUCAAGGGACCAUGUGUAUCAGAAGAUACAAAAGACGACAUCGUGUUUUUCGAUCACGAUUUGUAUAAAUGUGGUUUAUUCAUUCAUGGAAAACAAUCAAAAGAUGUAAAGAAAAUAGUUGUCGAAGUUUUAGAAGAAUCUAAUCGAUCAAGUUUUAAAAAAUUGACAAAAUGUGCUAAUUCGAUGAACGGAAGAGAUGCGGAAAAUGCCAAGAAAUUGAUCGAUUUAUUAAAAACCUCUCGAUUCAUUUGUCAAGGAAGGUUUAAAGGAAGACAAAUCGAAAUCGGUAAGUGAUAUUAUUAGAAUCCAAUAGUUGAACCUAUUUUUUUAAAUUUAAGAAUUGAACGACAUUCGAGGAAUUGGAUGUGCAAUCACCGCAUCAAAAAUAACCACCGCUGUCCAGCUAAGUGGAGCUGCGAUUCAUGUUUAA